UCCGCCCUUUGCAAAUCCGCGGUGGAGGAGACGGUGGGGAAAGCGGGCUGGGAUGGUUUUCCUAACGGCCAGCCUUUGGAUCCGGGCCCGUUUGACCGAUCGCUUUUGGCGGAAGCAGGAGGUGCUGAAGCAUGCACGGCAUUUCCGUGGGCGGAGGAACCGUUGCUACAGCUUGGCCGUCCGCGCCGUCCAGAGGGCUUUCAUGUACGCCACGAAGGCCAGACAUCGGAAAAGGAGGGACAUGAGAAUGCUUUGGCAAACCAGGAUUGAAGCGGCAUCACUUGAGCAUGGUCUGAAGUACCACGUUUUCCGCGGCAGUCUCUCCCAGUGUCAAGUGGAACUGAACCGGAAAACGCUGGCUGACCUGGCAAUCUACGAGCCAAAGACAUUCAAGUCCUUAGCCUCUUUAGCCAAGAGGAGAGGACAAGAAGGCCUUCUUGCAGCCCGGGGAGGUGGAAAAGAACCCGAAGGGAUAUUUUCACGCAUUGUGAGAUGUACAUGAAGCAGAGGGCUGUUGCUGGCUUGUGGAGUUGUGCUAGUAUUAAAACAGGAAUAUUUAUACUAAAAAAA